UGUCAGUGAGUGUUUGUGUUUGUUGGGUUGUGCCGGGGAGAUGGAAGUGUCUUUGCUGGAGGAAGUAGAGAAUAUUCUAAGGUACAGAUUUCGAAACAAGAAGCUUUUAGAAGAAGCCUUGACUCACUCCUCCUUCCUUGACGGUGUCUCCUACGAGCGUCUCGAGUUCGUGGGAGACCCCGUUCUGAGUCUCGCCAUCAGUAACUACUUGUUUCUCGCUUACCCUGAUCUAGAUCCCGGCCAGCUCUCCGCCCUCCGCGCCGCCAACGUCAGCACCGAGAAGCUCGCCCGUGUCGCUGUCCGCAUUGGCCUCCACCGCUUUGUCCGCCACAGCGCCCCUCCCCUUGUCGACAAGGUCGAGCGCUUCGUCGACGCCGUCAAGCUCGAGAUUAACCCCGUUGCUCACGGCGGAUCCGUCAAGGCGCCCAAGGUCCUCGCCGACGUCGUCGAGUCCGUCGCCGCCGCGAUUUACGUGGACGUCAAUUUUGACCUUCAGACACUAUGGGUGAUAAUGAGGGGUGUUUUGGAGCCAAUAGUGACACCGGAUGCUUUGGAGAAACAGCCUCAACCAGUGACUAUGUUGUAUGAGAUGUGCCAAAAGAAGGGGAAGCAGGUUGAUAUAAAACCGUCAAGGGAAGGAGAUUUAAGUGUUGCUAAGGUGUUUGUUGAUGGAGAGUUUGUUGCCUCUGCUUCCUCUUCUCAAAAGGAUCAUGCAAAGCUUGAAGCUGCCAAGAUUGCCUUGGGUAAACUAGCACAUUUGGUGCCUUCCACCGAUAAGAAGUCUGCCACUAACAUGAAGCUCAACUUUGCUGCCGAUGAAAAUGGUACCUGGGUUGUUGAAGCACCCAAAAAUAAACUUCGUGAGUUAUGUGCGGUUAAAAAAUGGCCUAUACCAGAGUACAUUAUUGAAAAGGAUUCAGGUCCCUCUCAUGAAAAGAAAUUUGUCUGCGCAGUUCAGAUUCCAACUGCUGAUGGUAUUCUUCAAAUGUCUGGGGAUGAAAAAUCUCGGGUGAAGGAUGCAGAAAACUCUGCUGCUUCCUUGAUGAUUCGGGCCUUACAGCAGUAUAAUUAUCUGUAGAAGAGAAUGGCGUCUUCCAUCUUCUGUUGUAAUUGGCUAUUGUUUAGACCAUAGCGCAGCUUGGCAGAUAAAAUCAAGGUUUUUUUCUUUCACAAUUUUUUCGUGAAAUUGAGAUAGCUAGCUAUCUGUAAAAUGGAUCGGAAUCAUUAAUAUAUAAAUUUAAGAACUUUUUGUUGAGAUAGUUGUCAAUCUAAUAAAGGUCCCAACUUUUGAACCUUCUUGA